AUGGCCUUGAACAGAAAAUACGCGGCAUUGCCGGAUUUGGACUCUGCUCCGGAUCUCUACGAGACUCCCGAACUGACCGACGACAAUUCGACAGCUCCCACAGGCAGAGCGCAUUCUGAAUCCAAUGCUUCUUCGUACAAGGAUUUCGACGAACAUGAAGACGAGGGCCCUGGCAUCUCCCGCUCUCGUCUACACCCAGACCAGGCCCGCACACUCUUCUCUCCUGCGCAAAUAGAUGCCCGGGGUGUAGAUUUUUCGGACCGAGUGACUGCGAAGCGGAAGUCCUACAAAGCUUCCACUCGGCGACAUCGAAGAAGAGAGGAUGGCACAGAAGAAUAUGGGGACUUCAGCGAUGAUGAGGAUGGAGAGAGUUUGGAAAGGAAACUUGCCAGAUUGAAGCGAGAAAUUCAGGAAGUCAAAGAGGAAUACGGAAAGCGACAAGUUGAAGGCAAAGAUGGGGAAGAAGAGGAUACUGUUGAUUACCCGCAGGAUGUAACGGACCUCAACAAAAUGCUGGAUGGAAUGUCUCUCCAAAAAGGUCCAAUGGGCAAAAGUGCCGGGGGAAAAUUUGCAAAGGAUCUGGGAACUGGCAUCAGGGCCAAUGGACCACCGCAGACGGCACAGGGAAAUGGGGAGUCGGCAACCUACACCAUUACUUAUGCGCCGACAUACCAGCAGAGCCAUGCUCUUGCAAAAGCGGCUGAUUUUGAUGGACGGUUAGCACUUCUCGAGAAGGCUCUUGGAAUCAGCGCGGCAGAACUACCGUCUUCGACAGCCAAUGGCGUCCCCAAAGCCAUAUUGCCUACCCUUGAUACGCUCCAACGCCAGAUCUCAGUCAUCUCGGAAUCUACUCCUUCCUCACUGGACAGCAUCAGCCGACGAGUGAGAGCGCUGACUCAAGAAACUGAAAGGUUGGACGAAGCACGGAAAGCCGCGAAGGCUCAGGCUGGAUUGCGAGUAUCCGGUAGUGAUGCAAUGUCAGACGACGAAGAGGAUUCGGAGCAAAUUGCUAAAAUCAAUGCUUUGUAUGGGACUCUCUCGACAAUCGAGAGCCUAGCGCCUCUACUUCCAUCCCUACUAGAUAGACUGCGUUCCCUGAGAGCUAUCCAUGCAGAUGCCGCGACCGCCAGUGCAAGUUUGGAUCGGGUAGAAAAGCAGCAAACUGAGAUGGCUGGAGACUUGAAAAAAUGGAGAGAGGGACUGGGUCAGGUUGAGGAGGCUUUGAGACAGGGCGAAAGCGUGAUGAGUGAUAAUAUGAAGGCGGUGGAGGGUUGGGUCAAGGAGUUAGAGCAGAAGAUGGAGAAUUUGUAA